AUGACUUCCCACGCUGGCCAUGCAGGCCAAAUGAUCGAGUAUAUCCAAGAUCGCCUCUACCUAGCAUCUUAUGACUCGACUCCUUCCUCCCGAACCCUAUUCCCUUACCCUCUCGAGCAGCCCAAGUCACCCAGCAAACGGUCUGCUCGUGCGCAACCCGCCACUCCGUCUAGCAAGCGCCGAUCUCCCGUCUAUUUCACCGUCGAUGACACUCUGCUGUACAACGCGUUCCAUGCGGACUUUGGCCCUCUCCACAUUGGUCACCUCUACCGAUUUGCUGUCCUGUUCCACGAAAUCCUCGGCGAUCCCGCCAACAGCGAUCGCCCGGUCGUGUUCUACAGCAAGACAGACGCCCGCAGCCGUGCCAAUGCGGCCUGCCUCGUGGCGUGCUACAUGGUCCUGAUCCAGUCCUGGCCGCCUCACUUGGCGCUUGCUCCGAUCGCGCAGGCAGAUCCUCCUUACAUGCCAUUCCGGGACGCUGGAUACAGCCAGGCAGAUUUCAUUUUGAACAUCCAAGAUGUGGUUUAUGGAGUCUGGAAGGCUAAAGAGCAGGGUCUGUGCGGACUCCGCGACUUUAACCUUGAAGAAUACGAGAAAUUCGAGAGAGUCGACAUGGGUGACUUCAACUGGGUGACUCCCAACUUCCUCGCUUUUGCUUCUCCCCAACACCAACCCAUCACACCAGUACCUAUGAACACGCCUGAAUAUGACGCCCUUCCUUCUUCUCUAUCCGAGAUCGGCUCAUCCAAACUGCCCUUGCCGUUCAAGAACGUUCUCGCGCAUUUCUUCUCUCGCGAUAUUGGGCUCGUGGUUCGCUUGAACUCGGAGCUCUACAGUCCCUCAUAUUUUACGGCAUUGGGGAUUCAGCAUAUCGACAUGAUCUUUGAGGAUGGGACCUGCCCUCCUUUGACCCUCAAGGGAAUUGCAGUUCACUGCAAGGCUGGUCUGGGACGAACUGGUUGCCUGAUUGGUGCCUACCUUAUCUAUCGGUAUGGGUUCACGGCGAACGAGGUGAUCGCAUUCAUGCGUUUCAUGCGCCCGGGUAUGGUUGUCGGGCCUCAGCAACACUGGCUGCACCUGAACCAAGGGGCAUUCCGAGAGUGGUGGUUCGAGGACAGCAUGCGCGAGAAGCUCGCACAAUCCGCUCCAGUCACCCCGGCUCGUGUUUCCACCAAGAAGCGUGCGAGCAACGGUGUGGUCUCCACUCCCCCAACCAACAGUCAGUCAAAGCGCGCUGCGCUCGGGGAGAUCGAUCACAACGAGGGUACUGCCUCGUACCACGAAGAGAAUCUUCCCGCCCCGACGCCAGGGCAACCUCGCAAGUCCCACCGCAAGGACUCGCGCCAUCACCCUUAUGCCCGGACCACUUCAGGUUCCUUGACCACCGAGCAUGAGACCCACAAACAGACGGAAACGCGAACUCCUCGCGGUCACCGUCUGAGCAACGACAGUGUUGAGAGUGACGAGGAGGUUCAACUCCGCAAGUUGGCCAAGCGUUCAUCUCGGUCUCCUGUGAACACCACAACCUCCCGCUCAAUCAGCUACUCCGCGACAGUCACGGCCAGCUACACGCUGACCGAUGAGAUCCACGAGGAUCGAGAGAACUGGGCGGACACGGGGGCGCCCAAGACACCGUCCAGUCGCAAGAGUGCAAGUGGAACGAUCUCCGUCACCAAGGUGCGGACUAGCCCACGACGGGUUACUGACAGCAACAAGGGCGAGUCCCGUGGGGUGCGAAAGCCUAGCGGUCGUGUUGGUAGCACCUCCAGCCCGGUCCGGGUUACUCGCACUGCAGCCUAG